GCUUUUUCCACAAAUCAUCGCCUUUGCCCCACCAUUUUGCAGCCUCAUCUCGAAAUAUUGUUGACGUAAUCCUAAGUUGUUCCCCAACAGCGUUUCCCAAGGCGGCUACCACGAGUAUUGUAGCGGGACCAAGUUUCAUCCUCUCUAGUGUUUUUUCUUUUUCUUUUUGUUGAGAAUGACCACAAUUGAACCCAAACACAUCCUACCAGCAUUUUCAAUGAUCAAGUUGGAGUUACUAUUCGAUAGUGGCUCUCACACUCGUCCAAGUGCAAGUGGGGAAGUUCCAAGUCAUUCUUUUAUCCCGCUCUCCAUUCUACAACCUUUGUGUUUAGCUAUUGUUCACUAGGUUUACAUCUAUUGUCCAUUUUGUUUCCCAUAACAAUUAUUAUCUACUAGGUUUUCAUGGCUUUUUGCAUAAAUCAUCGCCUUUGCCCACUAUUUCGCAACCCAUCUAGAAAUAGUGGCCGCAAAAUCCUACGUUGUUCCCCAAUUGACACCUAUAGGUGUAGGUAUGACAUCAAUUGAUAAAUCCUGGAUACAAUUAAAGAAUCGGGCAUCUAUGGAAUAUAUGGACGGAGUUAGAAAGUUCGCACAAUACGCAGAGGACAAUGUUAAAGACGAAGAUGGUAAAAUUAGGUGUCCUUGCAUGGUCUGUUCUAACGUCUGCAGAUUAACGAUUAAAGAGGUAGAGACGCAUCUUCUUCAUAAAGGGAUGCGAAGUGACUACACUAAGUGGGUAUACCAUGGGGAGGGCGAUGAUGAAGAUGAAAAUGAAGACGAAGAUGAUGACAUUGAAGAUGAGAAUGAAACCGGUGAUAUCGAUAUGGACUUGGAUGACAUGCUCGUUGUUCUUAAUGACCUCAUGCCUCCAUAGGCCGAUCCUGAGCCGAGAGAACCUAACAAAGAAGCCCAAAAGUUCUACAGACUUUUUAGAGAAGCGCAAUCACCAUUGUAUGAAGGUUGUGAUCCAAAGUUGUCAAGAUUGUCAUGUAUCAUGAAGCUCAUGAACAUGAAGUGGUUAAACAACUGGACUGAUCAUUCCUUUACGUAGUUGUUGAAAUUCAUUCGGAGCGCAUUUCCUAUGGCGGAGUCAUUGCCAAAAAAUUACUAUGCAACAAAACAGUUAAUGAAGGGUCUUGGGCUACAUUGUGAAGAAAUACAUGCAUGUGUGGAUGAUUGCGAUUUAUAUUACGGCGAUCUGAAGAAGGCGACAUCUUGCCCAUCAUGCGAGAAGUCAAGGUACAAGAAAGUUUAUAAGGAUAA